AUGGAUGAGAUGGGCGACGUGGAUUUCAAGCACGAACGGGCCAAUCCUUACGCACCUCCACCACCAACCACUAUCCACCGCAUGCCGCCAGCCGAGACUCCUCCGUUACACAGCUAUCCUCCCCCUCCUCCGGGCUCAGCGAUGCCACCGCCGACUCCGGCGUGGAAUCCAACGCCCUCGCCUUACAAUGAUCAUUCCGAACAUCGUCCACCUCCUCCAGAUAUCUCGCACCAGCCGCCGCCUUACCCACCUCCGCCUCAAUCCUACCAAGCUCCACCACCACCUCCUGGUCCUUCAGGGCGGGAAUCCGCUGGUUAUCCUCCAGACUCAGGAGCAUAUGGGCGCCCCGGCAGUGUAUCAGGCCCCUCGAGAUCUCCCAGCGACGCUCAUCAGCCUCCCUAUCACCCAGUGAGUUCCCAACCUCACGAGCCUCCCUAUUAUCCCCCGGCACCUGCCGACUACAGAGCGCGUCAUGCGUAUCCUGCCGUCGACGCUCAACCGAACGGACAUCACCAGCCGCCGCUCCACGCCCCGGCAGGUCAUGAGAUGAUGCCGGGCCAACCUGCUGGGCCGCCUCCACAGUACGGCCCGCCUGCGGUAGGACCGCCGCCUCCUCCACCCAGCGCGUAUUACUACGACCCCUACAAUGCCGCCCAAAGGCGGAAACCAGUCAGAGCAGCACAGGCAUGCGAUUCCUGUCGUCAGCGCAAAGCCAAAUGUGAUGAAGGCCGGCCUGAGUGUCAACACUGCAAGGACAAUGGCUUGAAGUGCUCCUAUCGAGAUGUUCCCCCUCAAAAGUCGGAGAAACACGUGUUGGCCAUCACUACUCAGCUGGAGAGUUUGACCGAGAGCGUGAAGAAAUUGGUGUCACACUCCAAUGCUCAGGAUGAAAAGAUCAAUCGCAUGCUCCAGGUUUUGGACAAAGUCUGUGCAGCUCAAGUGGCGGGAGCCGUGGCUGGGGUGCCAGAAGAACAGCAACCGCAAUUUUCUCAAUCAAUGAAAGCUCCCGUAGUGGACGAGGCUGCUUCCUCAGCCCUGCGGCGAUCGACGAGUCUCGAAGGCUCCUUUGUACAUCCACGCGCUUCUGGCCAGCAUUCGAGCCGAAUGAUCAACGCAGAAUUGCGGACCCAGAGUUCCAACUCCGAGGCCGACGCGAUGGAUUUUUCUAUGCCUGCUAAGCACACAACAGCGGCGCAGAAUCUCCUGUCAUGGCCGUCGAUCAAGGCCCUAGUGCCGAAAGGAAUUACCCCUUCCUAUGUCAUGGACGAAGAGACCAACCGGGGCUUGUUACGAUUAUACGGCUGCGGGGAAGGAGAUGACAAGGCCGACGGCCAUGAAGGAGCUCCAAGUCCCGCAGGUAGUUCGUCGUCUGAAGGACGACGGAUGGACGAGGAAAUGACGCCUUCGCCAUAUGGGGUUUGGGGCAGUGGCCAGAUUCAUCAACCCCAGCCGUCCAGCCAGAGCCAUUCUGCCCGGGACCACCCUGGCGGUGUGAGCCCCCACGGUGGGCUCAUGCUGGAUGCCGAGGCCGUGGAUCGGUAUUUCAAGAGCUUCUUGGACAACAUCCACAUCUUACAUCCAUUCCUUGAGCCAAAGAUUUUAAAACACAUGGUCCACACCUUCAAACGGAAGUAUAGUUGGGACUUUCGAGCGACCCAGCCUGCCGCGGCCGCCAUCGGAACAAAGCGUAAGCGAGAAAAUACAGACUCACCAACCUCCGUCGAUGAAUUCCGCGCGCAAGUUCCUCUAGGCAACCGCGUUCCUGCCAAAGUGCCGAACACUGCCCCUUGGAUUGAACACUCGAUCGCCAAUGCUAUAGUACUGCUCGUCAUGGCUUUGGGAAAGGUGACAGCAUAUCGUGAUCCCUUGCCGGGUCCAGCACCGACAACUAACAUUCGGACUUCGACACCGUACAAUAACACGCUGUACAGCGAUUUGCCCGUGCCACCGAUGCCAAUGUCAGCUCCUACCUCACCCUUCAAUACUCAGGCCGGUCUGAAUGGUAUGAACGGUGUCAGCGCUCCCAGUCCCGCCAAUCCGCAGGGCAAAAACAUAGACACGAUCCCCGGCCUCGCUUACUUCGCCAAAGCUGCCGACAUUCUCGGGGAACACCCCGGCGGUCAUGAUGUCUCGCACAUUCAAGCCAAUCUUCUCGCAGGGUUGUACAUGGGACAGCUGGCGCGCAUCAUCCCUAGCUACUACUACAUCCACCAAGCCUGCAUGGCAGCUCAGAUUCUCAUCGAGUCGGGUCCCUACGUUAACAAGACCAUGAAGCCGGCCCGCCGAAAUCUGAUCAACUUCGCAUUUUGGUCCUGUUUGCAACUGGAGAGCGAUAUUGCAGCGGAGAUGCAGUUGCCCUUGAGUGGUAUCACCCGCUAUGAGAGUUCACACCACAAAGAAAUGCCCACCAAGCUUACGUUAGAGCCAAUUCCCGAAACCAGUGGAGAGGACGACAUCUUACGAUAUUACUCGUACCAAAUUCAACUGCGGUUGACAAUGAACAGCAUCCACUCUACACUAUACCGGGCGUCCAAAGACCCGCAAUCCAAGCCCAGUUCCACCAUUAUGUCAAUCUUGGACGAGAACCUGGAAGACUGGAGAAAGAUGCUGAACGAUUGGGAUUGGGACGACGAAGAUCAUGAGAGUCCCAACAUCAACGUUGCCCGCAUGCGAGGGAAAUACUAUGGAGCAAAAUACAUCAUAUGGAGACCAGCAGUGAAGUAUGCUCUCCAGCAAGCUGAGGCGGCGUACCGAGAGCGGCAAUCAGACUCGCCAGCCCCUGGCUUCGCUUCCCCAAUGGGCUCGCAACGCAACACCCAAGGAUUCCUGCCGAAUGACUCGAGUCUUGAAAUGGAGGACCUGUUGCGCGGCGCCAGAAUAUGUAUCCAGGCUGCCAUUCGUAGUACCACCGUGUUUGACAAGGUCCCCCGCCGUCUCGUUGUGACCAACAUCUUUGGCACAGCCCAUGCGCAAUUUGGCAACAUGCUUGUCCUCUACGCCGUCUUCACCUCGCCACACCCGACCCUUCGGUCUCUGGUCGAUGAGCAGACUCUUAAGCGUCUACAUAAUCGCACUAUCGGCAUUCUACGGGAGAAUGAAAACAUUUCACCUAUUCUGGCCAAAGACUUGAAAAUCCUGGAACAUGUACGGAACAAGGUGUUUCCAUCCCACCCUCAAGUGCCAUAUAUCGUGCCUAGCACCUCUUCUAGCUUUUCGAGCCGAUGA